GGUUCAGAUAUCAGCGCUCUUCGCGCAACAGGACGCAAAAGGAUUAUCCGGAGGAAGAACAUAUCAGGCAGACACACUCUCUUCUCUCUUCUCCUGCGGUAUCUGUGUGAUUCAGCACUGUUCAAAGGCACCGUCUCUCUAACCGGGAUAAGCUGGAAAAGCGAUGAAAACGUGGCGAGUCCAGCUGCUGUACUUUCUGGUGUUGAACGCAGCUGUGCAGUAUGUGACGUCCCUGGAAAAUGAGCUGUCCGGUUCUAUUUUUGACGACUUCCUCGAUCCCUUGAAAGACUUGUUUCACCACAAAGAUGACAGCAAUGAAACGGUUGCCAAAUUCUCCUUACGCAAACCGUCUCAUCCCGAUGAUGACCUGUGCUAUAUCAUUCCUGGAAAACCUGAAUCCCUGGCAGCCUGCACCUUCAACAGCACUUCCAAAACCUUCCUAGUAAUCCACGGAUGGACGCUGAGUGGUAUGUUUGAAAGCUGGAUGACAGAGCUGGUGGAAGCGCUGUAUGACCGAGAACAGACGGCUAACGUCAUCGUGGUGGACUGGCUCGCCUCGGCACAGAACCACUAUGUGUUUGCUGCUCAGAAGACCAAAGCCGUGGGGCAGGAGAUCGCUCGCUUCAUCGACUGGCUCGAGGAAACCACCAAUAUGCCUCUCGAGAACAUCCACCUGAUUGGCUACAGCCUGGGGGCUCACGUCGCAGGCUUUGCUGGCAACCAUGCGACCAAUAAAGUCGGAAGAAUAACUGGUCUGGACCCAGCUGGUCCAGACUUUGAGGGGGAGCACGCCCACAAACGCCUCUCCCCAGACGACGCUUACUUUGUGGACGUCCUACACACUUUCACUCGGGGUUCGCUGGGUCUCAGCAUUGGUAUACAGCAGCCUGUUGGUCAUGUGGACAUUUACCCCAAUGGAGGCAGCUUUCAGCCAGGCUGCAACCUCAGGGGGGCUCUGGAGAAGAUUGCCAACUUUGGGUUAUUUGCAAUCACUGAUGCGGUCAAGUGCGAACACGAGCGCUCUGUCCACCUGUUUAUCGACUCUCUGCUGAACAAGGAGGAAGCUGCCAAGGCCUACAGAUGCGGCAGCAACGACAUGUUCAACCGCGGCAUGUGUCUCGGCUGCCGCAAAAGCCGCUGCAACACGGUGGGCUACGACAUCAGCAAGGUCCGCAAGGCACGCAACGUUCAGAUGUACACCAAAACACGGGCGUCCAUGCCAUUCAGAGUUUACCACUAUCAGCUGAAGAUCCAUUUCUCCAGUAAGGUGACCCGCUCAGAGAUGGAGCCGUCGCUCACAGUGUCGCUGUACGGAACAAAAGCAGAGGCUGAAAACCUGGAGCUCAAACUGAAGGAGAAAAUAUCAACAAACAAGACACAUUCAUUCCUUUUGGUGACAGAGAAGGACAUUGGCGAGCUGUUGAUGUUGAAGUUUAAAUGGGAGGAGACGAACGGCUGGUCAACCUCCAGCAUGUUGAAGAUGGUUUCCUCUUGGUGGUCUGGUGACUCGGACAGCGCCAACAUGGAGGUUCACAAAAUCCGUAUUCGAGCUGGCGAGACCCAGAAAAAGAUGGUGUUCUGUGUAAGAGACCCUGAUGCUCAGAGCUUAACCCAGGAGGUCACAUUUGUGAAAUGUAAAGAUUUGUGGAGGACAAACCAAAAAAGACUUAUUCUAAAAGACCACUGAUGUGAAAGAAAAAAAAGUCCCCCUGCUUCGUUUCAGCACUUAUUAAAUCAUUUCUACACCUGUAACUUAUAUUAUUUUUCACAUUAUAUAAAGACUGCCUGGCUUUGUAUGUACUGUGUAACAAUAAUUACUGUGUAAUAUGUUCUAGUGUCAUAGUUGUACAUACAAAUGUUGUGUUUGGUUGGAGCUGGAUAUGAUUCAAAAGUAUUCUGUGAGUGUUCAGAGUCUUCCAUACUAAGAAGACUUUAUACUACUGUACA